UUGCUUCCUCUAGGUUGCCUAUGUUCUCACUGCAGAAGCAGUUUGUAUUUAUAAGCCUGUGUUCCCAGGCAGUCAUGGAACAUUCCUACUGUUCUUCAAGCUUUGCUUUCUGGGCUUUGCAACGUCACUGUUGUACAGCCAGAGGCACAGAAGCUGCAGCUGUUGAACUGUAAUCCUUUCUGCUUGGAUUUUUUGCCAGGGUAUACAGUAGUGAACUACAAGCUCUGGGGACAGCCUUGCAGGCACUACAAGAGCUUCAGCAGCAGAUCACUAGCCGUGGAUGGUACUGUUUCACCUUCUGUAAAGUCAACUAACACCUUUAGUGCAUUAUUCACUUAUUGUUGAACACAUGAUCAGGAAACCCCAACAUAUUGCUAUUCAUUAAUUCAGCAGUUGAUGGACCCAGAAACUCAGAAAGGGACCACAGAAGAUGAUGAUGACAAGCAGGUGGUUGCAGAGAUCAUGGCAAGAAGUUUUAUUCCAACUCUGAUAACGACGGUUUCUUGGGAAGGCUUUCAUUUUGCUGGGCAUGAGAUUAGGAUUACUGAAGCCAAGGAUUGUUAUGGUGCAUUUGUCUGGCCAUCGGCCCUUGUUCUAUGCUAUUUCCUGGAAACACAUGCCAAGCAAUAUAACAUGAUUGAUAAAAAUGUGAUUGAAAUUGGAGCAGGGACAGGGCUUGUCUCCAUUGUGGCAAGUUUACUUGGUGCUCGUGUGGUUGCUACAGACUUACCUGAAUUACUUGGAAACCUGCAAUAUAACAUUUCCAGAAACACCAAAAUGAAAUGCAAGCAUUUGCCUCAGGUUAAAGAGCUAUCCUGGGGAGUAGCAUUAGACAAUAACUUCCCCAGGUCUUCCAAUAACUUCGACUACAUCCUGGCAGCAGAUGUUGUCUACUCCCAUCCCUUCCUGGAGGAGCUUCUCAUGACUUUUGACCAUCUUUGCAGAGAAACUACUAUUAUCCUCUGGGUGAUGAGAUUCAGGCUAGAGAAAGAAAAUAAAUUUGUAGAUAGAUUUAAGGAACUGUUUGAGCUGGAGGAAAUUUCUAGUUUCCCUAGCCUGAAUAUUAAGUUGUACAAAGCUAUGAAGAAAAAUCGGAGGAGUGCAUAGUGUUUGUAAAUUAGGACUUGAGCAUACCAAGGUAGUUUCUAGCAGAUCAUUACUGCUAGGCACACACACACAGACACACACACACACACACACACACACACACACACACACACACGGUGCAUCUGCUGUAGGAUUAGGAUAAUUAGUUCCCAAAUCUGCUCAUCACUCUAAUUCCAUGAUAACACAAUGUUUAGUAAUA